AUGGGAAGACGUAAAAUCCAACGUAAGAAUGUGGCGAUAUUAGAUAGCGACGAUGAUAAUAGUAGUGUAACUUCAUCGUCGAUCGUUUGUUCCGAUCAAAUGUCUGUUUUUGGUACCGAAGAAGUAGAGUUCAAUAAGGAAAGUUUAGCAGAUGAAGCGAUCGAUGCUUUAUUUGAGAAGAGGGGUUCAACACGGGAAAAGGCUUUGGAAGUGAUUAAUGCUGCAUUCAAUUUCAACUUGCAGUGUCAAUUUGUGGAGAAUAAAUUUGCCACAUUACUUCAUCAGUGUUUGAACUGUAUCAAGAAAGGGUCCAGCAAAGAGAUAUCUUUAGCAUCCCGUACUAUUGGUUUGUUGGCUUUAACUGUUGGUCCGGGAGUUCAUGCGCAGGAAAUGUUGGAAGAAUCAAUUACUCCUCUUUCACAAGCUUUUAACUCCGGUUCAGAAUCUUCUAAGAUCAUUUCGUUACUGAACUGUUUGGCUGUCAUCACUUUUGUCGGGGCAAAUGGUCCUGAGGAAAUAGAAAAAUCAAUGCAAAUUAUGUGGCAAAUAAUUCAUCCAAAACUAGGUUCUAAUGUUAUUGCUAUCAAACCUUCUGCACCUAUAAUAACAACAGCUGUGUCUUCCUGGUCGUUUCUCUUGACAACCAUGGAUGGCUGGAGACCUAGCCCCAAACUUUGGCAAGAGUCCGUUACAUAUUUGUCUAGUUUGCUAGAUAAUGAUGACCGAUCCAUGCGGAUCGCUGCUGGUGAAGCAUUGUCUCUUAUUUUUGAGAUGGGAAGCUUAGAGAAGUUUGUAGCUGAAACUAAAGGUUACAUUGAUAGUUCAGAUUUAGAAGGAAAUAAAACUAAAGUCAGGUUCUCACAUAUACAAGGACUGAAGGGGAAAAUUCUAAAUCAAGCUCGAGACCUCUCCAUGGAAGCUGGUGGUAAAGGUUCUUCCAAGAAAGAUCUUAAUAACCAGAGGAACAUGUUUAGGGAUGUUUUGGAGUUCCUUGAGUAUGGUUAUCCUCCCGAGACAACGAUGAAGAUUGGUGGGGUUGCACUACAGACAUUAACAUGGUCUCAGUUGAUUCAGUUGAACUUUUUGAAGCGCUUUCUCGGUGGAGGUUUCGCUAAGCACAUACAGGAAAGUGAAUUCCUUCAAGAUGUUUUUGGUUUCACUCCGAAAAGACGGAACCUUGUAGGCUAUGAUCAUAUAUCCAACACUGAAAAGAGAAUGUACAAAUCACCAAAUUCAGUUGUUAACAAGGCUAGAACCCAGCAAUUGAACAAGCAACGGAUGCUAUCUGAGGGUCGAAACAUCGGACACUUUGCCAUCUGUGUAGGCUAUGAAGAUUCGUAA